UCGGGCACCCCGCCCCGCCCGGCACUGGGGGGGUGUUGGGGGCGCGCGGGGAGGGGGGCCUUGCGAUCGUGAGUUAAUUGCGUUGCGUUUCCAUGAAAUCGUGUGGAGUGUCGCUCGCCGCCGCUGCCGCCGCCGCCGCCUCUACUGCUUCUUUCGGUGAUGAGGAAAAGAAAAUGGCGGCGGGGAAAGCGAGCGGCCAGAGCGAGGAGGACUUCGCCAGCCUGACAGCGGAGGAAAGAGAAGUCCUUUCCGGCCUCGACAGCCGACUCUUCGGGUUUCUGAGGCUUCAUGAAGAUGGCGCCAGAACGAAGGCCUUGCUGUUAAAGGCUGUUGGCUGCUAUGAAUCACUAAUAUUGAAAGCAGAAGGAAAAGUUGAAUCUGAUUUCUUUUGCCAGUUAGGUCACUUCAACCUCUUAUUGGAGGAUUAUCCAAAAGCAUUAUCUGCAUACCAGAGGUACUACAGUUUACAGUCUGACUACUGGAAGAAUGCUGCCUUUUUGUAUGGCCUUGGCUUGGUCUACUUCCAUUACAAUGCAUUUCAAUGGGCAAUUAAAGCAUUUCGGGAGGUGCUUUAUGUUGAUCCCAGUUUUUGCCGCGCCAAGGAAAUUCAUUUACGACUUGGGCUUAUGUUCAAAGUGAACACAGAUUUUGAGUCUAGUUUAAAGCAUUUUCGGUUAGCGUUGGUUGACUGCAAUCCUUGCACUUUGUCUAAUGCUGAAAUUCAGUUUCAUAUUGCCCACUUGCAUGAAACCCAGAGAAAAUAUCACUCUGCAAAGGAAGCUUAUGAACAUCUUUUACAGACUGAAAAUCUUCCUGCACAAGUGAAAGCGACUGUAUUACAGCAGCUAGGCUGGAUGCAUCACACAGUGGAUCAGUUAGGAGAUAAAGCCACCAAGGAAAACUAUGCUAUUCAGUGUCUCCAGAAGUCUCUAGAGGCAGAUCCCAACUCUGGCCAGUCCUGGUAUUUCCUUGGAAGGUGCUAUUCAAGUAUUGGGAAAGUUCAGGAUGCCUUUAUAUCUUAUAGGCAGUCUAUUGAUAAAUCAGAAGCAAGCGCAGACACAUGGUGUUCUAUAGGUGUGCUGUACCAGCAACAGAAUCAGCCUAUGGAUGCUUUACAGGCUUAUAUCUGUGCUGUGCAGUUGGACCAUGGCCACGCUGCAGCUUGGAUGGACCUUGGCACCCUCUAUGAGUCCUGCAACCAGUCUCAGGAUGCCAUUAAAUGCUACUUAAAUGCAACCAGAAGCAAAAAUUGUAGUAAUACUUCUGCACUUGCAGCACGGAUAAAGUAUUUACAGGCUCAGUUGUGUAACCUUCCACAAGGUAGUCUACAGAAUAAAACUAAAUUACUUCCUAGUAUUGAGGAGGCAUGGAGCCUACCAAUCCCCGCAGAGCUUACCUCCAGGCAGGGUGCCAUGAACACAGCACAGCAGGCUUGUAAACCUCUUCAUCAAAAUACUGAACCUGUACUAGGCCUCAGUCAAACACCUAUUUCACAGCAAUUGCCACUACACAUGAUUCCUUCUAGCCAUGUAGAUGACCUGUCCAGUCCAGCCAAGAGGAAAAGAACAUCUAGUCCAACGAAGAACACUUUAGAUGCUUGGAGCAGCGGCCAUACAAUGUCACAUCCUUCAGUACAGCAACAAGUACAUUCUUGGUGCUUGACACCACAAAAAUUACAGCACUUGGAACAGCUGCGUGCAAAUAGAAAUAAUUUAAAUCCAGCACAGAAACUUAUGCUGGAACAGCUGGAGAGUCAGUUUGUCUUGAUGCAGCAACACCAGCAGAUGAGGCAGACGGGAGUUGCACAGGUACGAUCUACUGGAAUUGCUAAUGGGCCAACAGCUGACUCAUCACUGCCUACAAACUCUGUCUCUGGUCAGCAGCCUCAGGUUGCUCUAACCAGAGUGCCUAACAUCACACAGCAUGGAAUCCGUCCAACCUGCCCAGGGCAGCCUAUGGCUAAUGGACCCUUUCCAGCAGGCUUAGUUCCCUGCAGCACAGCAAGAACGCUGGGUAGUUCAGACACUAUUUUGAUAGGCAAUAAUCACAUAACAGGAAGUGGAAGUAAUGGAAAUGUGCCUUACCUGCAGCGAAACGCACUCACUCUACCUCAUAACCGCACAAACCUGACCAGCAGCGCAGAGGAGCCGUGGAAAAAACAACUAUCUAACUCCACUCAGGGGCUUCACAAAGGUCAGAGUUCACAUUUGGCAGGUCCUAAUAGUGAACGACCUCUCUCUUCCACUGGGCCUUCCCAGCAUCUCCAGGCAGCUGGCACUGGUAUUCAAAAUCAGAAUGGACACCCUACCAUGCCUAGCAAUUCAGUAACACAGGGGGCUGCUCUCAAUCACCUCCCCUCUCACACUGCUACCUCAGGUGGACAACAAGGCAUUACCUUAACCAAAGAGAGCACGCCUUCAGGAAACACAUCAGCAGUGCCUGACACAAACAGGCAUUCUGGAGAGACACCUAACAGCACUGCCAGUGUAGAAGGACUUCCUAAUCAUGUCCAUCAGGUGACGGCAGAUGCUGUUUCUAGCCCUAGCCAUGGAGAUUCUAAGUCACCAGGUUUACUUAGUUCAGACAAUCCUCAGCUCUCUGCCUUGUUGAUGGGAAAAGCCAAUAACAAUGUGGGUACUGGAACCUGUGACAAAGUCAAUAACAUUCAUCCAACUGUUCAUACAAAGACUGAAAAUUCUGUUGCCUCCUCACCAUCUUCAGCCAUUUCUACAGCAACACCUUCUCCAAAAUCUACCGAACAGACUACCACAAACAGUGUUACCAGCCUUAACAGCCCUCAUAGUGGACAUGCAGUUAAUGGAGAUGCGUUGGAGGACUCUCAGAGCCCCAUAAAAACUGACCCUCCUCCUAUUGGUCACAAACCUAAUUCCCAGAUCAUACCAUCAAUGUCGGUAUCUAUCUAUCCCAGUUCUGCAGAGGUCCUAAAAGCGUGCAGGAAUCUGGGUAAAAAUGGCCUAUCUAACAGUAGCGUUUUAUUGGAUAAAUGUCCUCCUCCAAGACCACCACCACCUCCACAUCCUCCCCUGCCAAAGGACAAGCUCAAUCCACCUACACCUAGUAUUUACUUGGAAAAUAAGCGUGAUGCUUUCUUCCCACCUUUACAUCAGUUUUGUACAAAUCCCAACAAUCCUGUUACUGUAAUUCGUGGCCUUGCUGGAGCUCUUAAAUUAGAUCUGGGACUCUUCUCUACUAAAACAUUGGUAGAAGCUAAUAAUGAACAUUCAGUAGAAGUAAGGACACAGCUGUUGCAACCGUCGGAUGAAAACUGGGACCCUACUGGAACAAAGAAAAUAUGGCGUUGUGAAAGCAGUAAAACUCAUUCUACUAUUGCUAAAUAUGCACAAUACCAGGCUUCCUCAUUCCAAGAAUCAUUAAAGGAGGAAAAUGAGAAAAAAAGUCACCAUAAGGACCAUUCAGAUAAUGAAUCAACAUCUUCUGAUAACUCUGGAAGGAGGAGAAAAGGACCUUUUAAAACUAUCAAAUUUGGGACCAACAUUGAUCUUUCUGAUGACAAAAAGUGGAAGUUGCAGCUCCAUGAAUUGACGAAGCUUCCUGCUUUUGUACGUGUGGUAUCAGCUGGAAAUCUCCUCAGUCAUGUUGGUCAUACAGUCUUGGGAAUGAAUACAGUCCAGCUGUAUAUGAAAGUACCAGGCAGCAGGACACCAGGUCAUCAAGAAAAUAAUAACUUCUGCUCAGUCAAUAUAAAUAUAGGUCCAGGGGAUUGUGAAUGGUUUGUUGUUCCAGAAAAUUAUUGGGGUGUCAUGAAUGACUUCUGUGAAAGAAACAACAUGAAUUUUCUGAUGGGCUCUUGGUGGCCUAACCUGGAAGAUCUGUAUGAAGCAAAUGUCCCUGUUUAUAGAUUUAUUCAGAGACCUGGAGAUUUGGUGUGGAUAAAUGCUGGGACUGUACACUGGGUUCAGGCUAUUGGCUGGUGUAAUAAUAUUGCUUGGAAUGUUGGCCCUCUUACAGCAUGUCAAUAUAAAUUGGCUGUGGAACGGUACGAGUGGAAUAAAUUGCAAAGUGUGAAGUCAAUAGUACCUAUGGUUCACCUUUCUUGGAACAUAGCACGGAAUAUCAAAGUCUCUGAUCCAAAGCUUUUUGAAAUGAUUAAGUAUUGCCUGUUGAGAACUCUCAAGCAAUGUCAGACUUUGAGAGAAGCUCUAAUUGCUGCAGGAAAAGAGAUUGUAUGGCACGAGAGAACAAAGGAAGAGCCAGCUCAUUACUGUAGCAUAUGUGAGGUGGAAGUCUUCAAUCUGCUUUAUGUCACAAAUGAGAGUAAUCCUCAGAAAACUUGUACAAAACUUGUUGUACAUUGCCUAGACUGUGCACGGAAGAUAAGUGGGAACCUGGAAAACUUUGUGGUGCUAGAACAGUACAAAAUGGAGGACCUGAUGCAAAUCUAUGACCAAUUUACAUUAGCGCCUCCAUUGCCAUCAUCUUUAUCUUGACAUUUUUCCAAGGACAUUUACAUGAAAUCUUUUCUGAUAUUCAGGAAGUGACCCAGUUCUGCACCACUGAUUUUUGUAGCGAUCCCAUAAGGCUGCUGGCUGAAAGCUGUGUCUAUGCAACCUUCCAAGUGCGGAGUGUCAACCAACUGGACAGGAGAGAGCACAGCUCCUACUCCAGAAUUUGAAAUAUAGAAAGCUCAUUCAGCUGAAUUUUUAAAAUAAUCCACGUUUUGUAUAUAUCUGACAAAACUGGCAACAUUAUACAGACUACUGACUUGAAGACCACCUCUUUUGUAUUUCUCUGUUUCUGGGCUGAUGAAUUGGUUUCAUCUCCUCUCCCUCACCCCUUCAGAUUUUUCUCUUGGAAAAGUACUAGCGUAGCUGGUCAUUUCUUUGUAAGGUAGUUAGCAUUUUAAGUCUUUCUUUGGGCUACAUUUUUUUUAAUGUGAAAGAUUAGGUGAUACUUUUUUUUUUACCGCUUUUGUUAUUCUGUCUUGUUUUGAAACCAUGAUGGUUACUUUUUGUUUCCUAAAUAAAAUUUAAAAUAAUUAACAGCCAAGUCACAAAGAUAAAGAUAAAUGGGUUGCACAUAGACUAAAGAAUAAACUUCAGAUUUGUGAUUUUGUUUCUAAUCUUGAUGUAAAUUUACACUAUUUAUAAAUACAUAUUUAUUGCUUGAAAAUAUUUGUGAAUGGAAUGCUGUUAUUUUUUCCAGAUUACCUGCCAUUGAAAUUUUAAGGAGUUCUGUAAUUUCAAACACUACUCCUAUUACAUUUUCUAUAUGUAAAUAAAACUGCUUAGCAUUGUACAGAAACUUUUAUUAAAAUUGUUUAAUGUUUAAAUUUUUUGUAUUGUUUGAGUUUUAAAAAGAAUUUAUGUACAGUGCCCAGUUUUUGUUGAGUUUUUUGAAACUGGUUAUAUAUAUAUAUUUUAUAUAUACUCUUGUGCUGUGUGUAUAUAUAUAAUAUAUAUAGAAAACUGAAUAUAAAUAUAUGUAUAAAGAAUUAGAGCCUAAAUUUUUCUCGUUUUAAGUUUUACAUCUAUGGUAGAUUUCAGGUGUCUACUGUAAAAUAUUGCUUACAAAAGUAUGAUUAUUUUUGAAAAAAAAUAUAUGGUCUGUAUCCUCAAGUCAUGGUAUGUCCUUCAGACUGAUUUAUUGUUAAAUUGCACUUCUUGCAAUUAUGGACGAAUAGCUGAUGCCAAAUUGUAGUGCUAAGAAAUGAGAGAGAGCACGAUUAGCAACUUCACAGGAAGUAUUUACUGUUUUGAUAGCCUUUUUCAGAUUAAAUUUAAACACCUUAAAAUUUAAGAAAGAUUGAUAAAGUAGAAUUUGAGAGAGAAUACAACCAAAACAAGAUUUACACACUCCCAUUGUUUCUUUUAGUAAGUGUCAGGCUAAAUUGUGUUAAGUACAACUCAUGCUAUAUUUUUUCUUGAUUUUGUAAUUCAGAUUAAUUGGUAAC